AUGUCCCAAAACAACAAGUACGUUUUUACAAAGGUUUCGUUUGUUUUCAUCGAGUCUGUGCUCCACAGUGGUAAAACCGUGCCGUACGGGCUGUAACUGCUGUAUUAUGAGUACCCAUCGAUUUUCAGACCACUUUACAGGAUAAAUGCAUUAAAGUAGGAGUCUGUAACUUUAUUAGAUGAGACACGUAAUGAACGUGAAUGUAAGGGAAUAACACAACUUUCCCACAUCCAAAGAGAUUUAACACAUUUUAAUCAACACCGAAUGUGCAAGUUUGUCUGUUAAGAAAUACGAAAAAGUGGGAUUGAGUGUAUUAACAGAACUGUGCAAUAGGGGAGACCGGGGUUGGUUGUGACAUUCUGUACUCGUGAGUGAAUUACUCCUGAUAUGUCUUACAGAAAGUCAUUUUGUCUUAUCUUUGCAGCUUAAUUGAUUAACUAUUAACCCUCAAAGACACCUCAACAACAAAGUGACAACCCCCUCCAUCAGGGGUUUAGGUGCCACUGUGUACAUGGUUGUUGUUAGUGUAGUUUUCAAUGUAAUUCAGUUCUAGCUUUUAGAGCUUGUCACCAAAUUAGUUUCUAAGAAAAGUAACAACUCCAUAACACUUUUCUGUGUUUGAAUUAUCACCUUGAAAGGAAUUUGUUUACUGUUACAAAAUAGUAAAGAUUGCAGUAUAAAAGUCUAAAUUUGUCAGUGUGUGUGAGAGAUGUGGGGAUAAAGAAUUUAUGUUUGCAUUUUAUCAGAAAAACUUUUGAGACAGAAGAGACUGUGGCAGGUGUUUGCUGUACCAACUUUCUUUCUGCACCAAAAAAAAAAGAGAAAUUAAAAAAAAGACAAUUACAAGAAGUUUUGGGGUUACAGGGAUGACCCUGAUAGUAGCCUAAUUAUAAUGUUCAAAUUUUCUCAACAAGUAGCUUCACAUGAGCAGGUGUGUGACAAUCAGCCCUGGCUGACUUUCUCAGCAAAGAUUUUAAAGACUAAUCUCCUGAAAGCGUCAAUAGAAAAUAAUUUUUCUAAAAAAAAGUAGACCUCAUAAAAAUCACAAAGUGCCAUUUUACUCCAGUGUUUUUUCUGAGAUAGCUAACCCUGGUCUCCCCAGAAAGUGUGUGCAAGGUAGAGAAAAAAUAACCCAGAGCUGGAUAGAGAGCCUGAAUAGAACAGAAAUGUCUCUGAGGGUGUGUGAGAAUUCAUAUUUGGACAAACUUGGCCUUUUUGAAUGAAGAAGCAGAGUUUUAAGAAAGCAGCAGUUAGCAUUAAUCCUACUGCCAUGCCUCUCAUAGUUGUCUUUCUGGUAGGAUUUCUGGUGGUAUACUCCUGGUAGAUACAAAUUUCUCAAAUUGUGUCUCACCAAGUGUGUAUUACUUGUAGUAUCAUGGACUAGAACUGAACUGCCACCACCGGAAUAACACUCUCACCUAAAGCUCUGUGUUUUGUUAAAGCUCAAAGCAGCCACAUGCACCAAGGUUGGCAGAAUCUGAAUCUGGAUCUGGAUCUGGAUCUGAAGAUGAAGAAGAUAAGUCUUUUUUUAGGCUGUAAGUAACUUUUAACAGUCAGGACACUGAGUUAUAUUUAAACAGUACUGUUUCAAACUACUUGGCUUUGUUGUGUUGCUUUUUCUGCUGUAACAGAUGAUUAACUUUGUCCUCUCUUUGUGUUGCGAAAGUCUUCGGAAAACUCCAAGAUGUAAAGUAGUUUCUCCUGAGCCCAGCUGUUUGUCAUUGAAGAGUGACAUGUCAACUGACCGCCUGAUUGAUUUUAAGCGACAACAACGGCUGCUCAGGGAAAGAGGUAAACUGUCUUAAACAUGUAAGAGUGAAUAAAAUUUUGUUGAGUACUCCUGUCUUGUUGACAGGUAAUUUGUCAUCAACAUCCUCUGUAGCCUGGGACUAAAGGGUGAAAUUUCCUUUCUUUUGUCUCUCCUUGUCUUGCACUACCUGUAGAAGGUUUCUCGAAAAGACAAUUUGAUGCAGAACUCAGCUGUUUGUCAUUGAAGAGUGACAUGUCAACUGACCGCUUAAUUGACUUUAAAGGACAACACCCUUUGUCUGCACGGAGGUAAGCUAUUCUUGUGGUUGAACAUUACUUGUUUUAGUCGUUUGUUUAAUUGAGCCUGGCUGCAAAUUUAUGCACAUAUAUGUAAAAACAUAUAUAAAAUUAUAUAGAGACAUAGAUCAAUAGAUACACACAUUCACCUGACUAGAUUUACCACCAUAUUGUCCUUUAUACACAGUGUUCCAUCGGAAAAAAAUACAAAAAUCAUUGUGAAAAAAUAUUGUAUUUUAACUUUGUAUUUAAAUGUACAUGUAAAGUCCACUUGGUUUCUUCAGGACCCCUUAAUUUCUAAACCAGAAUACUUGUGGGAGGCCUCAAACCUUGUUUUUACCUGUGCAUUAGACUGAAACCACAGCUCACGUACAUCCAGGUAGCUCUGUACCCUUCACACACAGUCUUCACACACAGUCUAUUGUACACAUCGUUGAAAAAAGGCUAACUGCAAGCCCUUGGAUUGUUUCCCUUGGAAUUGGACAUUUCCAAUAUCACUGCCCUCGGCCUUCCUCUGCCUUUGCAGCCACAGAGCAUGUCCUUCAGUGUUUAUCUUGUAAUAAUUGCACCAGCUGCACGACAUGUGUCAGCUCCAAGUUAAACAUAUUACAUUUGGAUUCAGUCACCAUGGAAACUGCUGACAUGAUGGAUAUUUAUGUUGCAUUAUCAAGCAGCACUUAGGUGAAGUACUGCAAAGUGACACAGACAUGGUGGCACAGAAGUAUGUAGUUCUUACAGUGGCACCGUACAUGCCCGUGUAGAGUCAACCAGUAUAAAUCUGGUUCACUUAUUGAAUAAUGGUGUCCUUGAUUGUAACCAGGCUUGGGGUUGAGAGCCACUGUGAUAAAGGGAGACCCAGAGUUCAGGAAGGCCAACCAGCAGUAACUCCUGUCUUUCAAUCACUGUAUUCAUUGUUUUACAGGACAUUUGCAUUGCGUUUUGUCCGUUUGGACAUUAUUUUUAACAGAUUUUCCAAAAUGUAUUAAUUGCUUUAUUGACUUUAAAGAAGAUGAGUCCCUUUUUUGGGGGCGUAAGUAACUUUUAACAGUCAUAUGACACCGAAUUAUGUUUAAACAGUACUGUUUCAAACUACGUGGCUUUGUUGUGAUGCUCUUUCUGCUGUAACAGAUGAUUAAUUUUGUCCUCUCUUUAUGUAGCAAAAGACGUCUGAAACAACCAGGACGUAAAAUAGUUUCUCCCGAGCCCAGCUGUUUGUCAUUGAAGAGUAACAUGUCAACUGACCGCCUGAUUGAUUUUCAGCAACAACAGCUGCCCAUACCAGGAGGUAAACUGUCUAAAACUUAGUUGAAUUUUGAUGAGUACUCCUGUCUUGUUGACAGGUGAUGCAUUAAUCAACAUCCUCUGUAGUCUAGGACUGAAGGGUGAAAUUUCCUCUCUUUUGUCUCUCCUUGUCUUGCAGGACCUGGAAUAGCUUUCAGGAGCAUACCAACUUUUUUAUCAUUGAAGAGUGACAUGUCAACUGACCGCUUAGUUGACUUCAAAAGACAACAACCUUUUGCUGCACAGAGGUAAGCUAUUCUUGUGGUUAAACAUAGCAUUACUUGUUUUAAUUGUUUGUUUAAUUGAGCCUGGCUGCAGGUUUAUAUGCAUAUAUGUAAAAACAUAUACAUAAAUAUAUAGAGACAUAAAUAGAUAGAUAGAUACACACAUUCACCUAACCAGAUAUACCACCAUAUUAUCCUUAAUAUAAAGUGUUCCUUUAAAAAAAAAAAAUACAGAAAUCAUUGGAAAAAUAUGUUUCAUUUUUACUUUGUUUUUAAAUCUUCUGUCUUUCUAAAUGUUAAGUCCAUUUGGUUUCUUCAAGACUUAUUAGUUUCUAAACCAGAAUAAUUUUGUGGAGGCCUCAAACCUUGUUUUUACCUGUGCAUCAGACUAAGAUUAUUUUAAUGGAUUUUUCAAAAUUCCUCUACAGAGCUAACCAGGACAACUCAGAGGUCUCCAGCAAGCAGAUCAACCAAGUAUUUCAGGUCUGUACAUGUACAUUUGUUCUUUUCAAAACUAUGUCCAUGAUGCUCUUUGAGAGCAGUGAAUUCCCUAUUUAUCCUGUAUUUGGGGCUGACACUGACUUUUAUGUUAUUCAUGUACCUUUUUUUUGGGCAGCCUCUUCGGAUGAACAUCAUUGCCUUUGUGAAUGACAAGCUGCAGGAGUUUGAGGAAGAUCUUUGUUACCCAGAAAUCUUGGCGAGUAAGAGGAAUAGUGAGGUUGAAGAGCCAAGCAGUGAGGCAGUUUGAAACAUCGCUGUUGACUUCCUGAGGCGGAGCAAUGAGGUUGUGCUGGCUGACCAGCUGCAGAGAAGUAAGAGGAUUUUUGAAAAGAUUUCACAUGCUGUGUAAAUGAGACUUUCACUAAUAACUUAAGGGAUUCUGUAUGGAUAAAUUCUUGGUCUUUUUUUCAGGAACUCCCACUUCAGUUGGCAAACAGAAACUGA